UCUGCUGGAGACACACAGCAAGUACGUUCCUUCCAACCAGACUGCUUCCUUAUCCAGUCAAGAAGACCACAAAGUUCAACAAUGGCCAUCACUGACAUCCUUUCUGCUAAAGAUAUUGAAUCUGCUCUCUCCAGCUGCCAGGCUGAUGAUUCUUUCAACUACAAGUCUUUCUUCUCCACGGUUGGUUUAUCCAGCAAAAGCCCUGACCAGAUAAAGAAAGUUUUUGGAAUCCUUGAUCAGGACAAGAGUGGUUUCAUUGAAGAAGAAGAGCUUCAGCUGUUUCUGAAGAAUUUCUCUUCGAGUGCCAGAGUCCUCACCUCUGCGGAGACCAAGGCUUUUCUGGCUGCAGGUGAUUCUGAUGGUGAUGGCAAAAUUGGAGUGGAAGAAUUCCAGUCUCUGGUGAAGGCAUAAACAGCAUUAGGCCAAAGGCAACCUUGGACUGACUCUUCCAAUUACCUCGUCCAACAAGCACUUCGCACUCAGCAUGUGUUUGUACAUUUUUUAUAUUGUUUCAGCCAUUAACAAUUCCCCAUACAUGAAGUUCACACACUGGAUUGCUGAGAAAUCUUGCAAUGUACAGAUGUUUUGGUCAUGUGGUAUUGUUACAUUUCCAUUGUAAAGAAGGCACUUUGUGAUUUUCAGCCACUCAUAAUGUUGAAACUGUGUCAGGAAGAAGGGAGAAAAAAAUUUUUAACAAAACAACUUAGGGGGAAAAAGCUGCUUUUAAAAUUUUGUUUAGGUUUUCCAUCAUCAUACUUGACCAUGCUGAAUCACCAGAUGCAGUUCUGAAGAUCUUAAACAAUAUGACAUCUUUUAAGGCUUAACUGUACUGAUUUCAUUGAGUUUUAUUUCUGCUUAAUUCUCUGAUCCUUGAGAAAAAGCAAUGCUAACAAGACAGCUAAAAAUAACCUAUAUUAAGACCCAACCCUGAGAAUAUGAGAACAAAAAUUUAGAGGAGUUGACACAUAGCUUAAAUCAUGGAAUAAAUUUGUGUGUGAUUUUACAAAAUUAAGUACUAGGCUACAGUAUGCAUCGUCAGAAAGUAUUUAUGGCUUAAAAUGUAACUCUCCUUUAAGAAGAUUUAUCUUUCAUGAAAUCUAAGGCAACUGUGAGAUAGAAGAGAAGGGUCUAAUCCCAACUCUGACACUGUCACAAGUCACAGUCCCCUGACAACAUGGGCCACAGGCCUGGAGGUCUUCCUUGUGAAUCAUGAACAUGUCGCUUAUUAUUUCUUAAUAUAUACAAGACAAUAACACUUUGCCACAUUUGUGAAUGUCUGUAUUUCCUACAGACAAAACAAUGGCCAGUCUUGCUGUUUGAUUACCUUAAAGCUCUGUUACAAUGCUAAAUAAUGGCUUUUACUCAAUUCUUUCAUUUAUAAUAUGAAUAAUCAUCUAUAUAAUUCAUAAUAUUAGCAAAUUUUCUUAAGUCUGAAAAUUUCUAAGAGCAAGUCUUUCCUUUAAUAAGUGUCUUACAGGAUUCAGAGCAAGUUAUAACAUUGUCUUCUUUAAUGGACUAAGUAAAUAAUGUUCAUGGUGAAAUGCAGAGCUCAACAGACUGAGUAGAUGUGCAUUUCUGGCUGAGUGGGUUGGAAAUUUCCCCACCAACAUUUAGUUGUCUCCUUUCCCAGCUACCAUGAUGUGGUUCCAGCUCACAAGUAGACUGUCAUUUUAAUACUCCCUGCUGAAACUGGAUGAUAAUUAUAACAUAAUUUGGCAGCUGUUUCGAAGAAGAGCAGAAACAAAGCCUUCUGGAACUUUUAUAUAACACUCAGUGUUGGCAUUUCCAUGAAUUGUGAGAUGAUUAUGUGAGGCAAGUACAGCUCACUCAUACCCAGGCAUGGAAGAGAGCUGUUCGGCAGAUUUAAGAUGGCUAAUGCAAAAGAGGAAUUCUAGCAAUCAAACUCACUGAAGCCUUGGCAGAAUUAUAACGAAUAUAAAUCCUAAUUCUAUCCCCACCGCCUUUGAUGUUAAAUAUGGGCUUAAAUUAUAGCUGCUGUUAAUUGCAGCACUGAAAUAUUUUGCAUAAUGAUGACACUCUGUUGGUUCCUUUUUCCUAUCUGCUGAAGAAGAAAACCCAGAGCAAUCCAGAUCUGCAGCAAUAUACAGAUCUAAUAUAUACAUUAGCUCUUCAUGCUGCUAAUCCCUAAAAUAUCACGUCACUAGUUCACAAGCAGAUGGCACACAAAAUACCAUAAGUGACAGACCUGAUACUGCAUUCCUUGCGCAUCUGAAAGUCUCAUGUGGAAUGCAAGACAUGCAAGACUGCAUAGUGGCCUAUCCUGUAUUUCAGAGAUGCUAAAUAACUGUGUGUCCCUGCCUUCUGAUGCCACAAGGGGGAACUAAGUACUUCUGAGGAUCAGGCGUAUGUUGCAACUUUACAUACAGUUUCAAGAGUAUUUUGUUUAUGAGAAAAUCUGUUCUUCUUAAACAGUAACUCGUGGCAAGAAGAUGAGUUUAAUCUUAUUAAAACCAUCCAGCCAAUUUGUUUUAAAGAAUUACAAUAAAACUCCAAAAAGUCUCCAAUUUCACAAAAAGCCCAUAGACUGUUCAGCAAAACCAAUGCCUAGUCACUAUUGUGACUAGUCUUCUGUCGGCACAAGGUUCCACAUUUUUAGAGCUAAUCAAACUAGAGAGGAAUAUUUCGCACCUAAAGGAAACAAAUGUCAAAAAUGAAAAGUUUUCUUGGAAGGUUCAUUUCAAUGAAUUUAAGUUCAGCCAGUGGCAGCCUUCAAUUUUCUUAGGGAAUAGCACAGAGUGUUCUCUGAACUUGACAAUGUCAUUGCUCUAGAGAAAAUCUUUGAUUGCAGGAUGUCUGUUGGAUGCCAUCUGAAGUAGUAGAGAAACAAAUAGUGAUAUCACAAUUUUACCAAAAUUAAGGUAUAGAAUCACAAGAGUAAUUCAUGCUGGAAAGGAUCUCUGAAAGUGUCCCAAUCACUUCAUCAGAAGGCAAAUUGCUCUGAGUUUGAGCAUCUUCAAGGAUGUAGGUUCUAUAGCUUCUCCGGGCCACCUAAUAAGUAAGGAUUAAAUCUUCUGCAUUAAGCUUUUAUGAAUGAAGUACACAAAUAAAACACUGCUGAGUACACCAUUAAAAACCAAAACUCUGUUAGAAACUGUUUGUGCAACAUCAAAUCAGAAAAGAUCUAAAAACACUCUGUAUUAUCACACUGAUAACUUGUUCUCAGGUUUAGAGUAAGACCAUCCUAAUCAGUAUAAUACUCAGUAUAAUAUUGCUUCAUAAUUCCCAGGAUAAAGGAAAUGUUGUUUAUGUAUUUUACCUUUACUGUAUCAAUUAAAGAGCAACCCAAAAAGUGAGUGGCAGAUCUGAACGCCAAUGAGCCCAAAACCUGAGUUCUCAGACACGCUUCAGUUCCCCCAUUACCCUGUAUGAGCAGUUUAAACUCUUAUCCUCCCAACACUUCUUGUGAAAUAAAGAUGUACUAUGAUCUCUUUAAGUGGGAAUGAAACACAAAGAAAUUGAUUGUCCUACAUAAGCUCUUAGAAAAAAGCAUAUUAGAGGGCCAGGGUGUCGAACCCAAUAUCCCAAACCCACCCUAACAUUCUAGCCACUGAAUCAAUCAUCUCACUUAAACCGAAACUUUGGGUUGUCCUGAAUAAAUCAGCAGAAUCAUGCACAAGAUCUCCUGGUAUUUAAUGGAAGCUGGCUGCCUCCUAACUUCAUGUUCCUUUGGAAAUCCCAACCUAGAGCCAUUUGUAAACUUCAGAUUCAAUUUCAGCUCUCCAACUGUUUGAAAUCUCACAG